AUGCUUUUUAACAUUAAAGAAAAUGAAAUAAAAAAAAAAAAAAUUUUAUUAUUACUUUUUUUAUUUUUAAUUUAUGAACAAUGUUUGUUUAAAUUCGUUUAUUCCUUCGCUAUUAGUAGAAGAUCAUUAGUAUUAAACUCGUUAGGAGACAACAAUGGAUGCGCACAUGUUAAAAAAAAAAAAAUAAAUGAGAACAAAAAACUUCUCCUGGAUAUUGGAAACAGUCUUAAAGAGAAUGAUGUGCAAAAAUCACUUAUACACCUCGAUAAUUUGUUAAAUAAUUAUGAACAUGAUAACAAGUUUUCAAAAAGCAUGAGUAUGCUUUGUGGCAAUGUUUUGAACUUAUGUAGCAGAUUUAAUGAUAUUAAUAAUAUGGUGAAAAUUAUUGAAAGUAUGAAAGAAAAGAAGAUAGAAAUGCUCGAAAAUUCAUAUCUAGCUAUUUGUAAUUAUUAUAUUUCAAAUAAUUAUAUAUAUGAAUAUUUAUUAACAAUUAAUAAAAUGAUAGAAAAAAAUAUAACAAUUAGAGAACGCUUUUAUAAAUAUAUUUUGGUUCGAAUUAUAGAUCUCCCGUUAGAUGAAUCAGGAUAUGAAAAAAUAUCAAAUUCAAAUAGCAGCUUAAAUGGAAAUAUUCAUGAAUAUGGGGGAAAGAAUCGAAUAAAAAAUUUUAGAAAAAUAAAUAACAAUAAUGAAAAAUAUAAUAAUAACAUGGAUCAAAUAAAUGUAAAAAGCAAACGAUGCCAUUUAGUAAAUAAUAUAGACUAUGAUAAUUUUAAAGAAUAUGUUAUAAAAUUAAAUAAAUAUAAUAUAAAUCUAGAAGAAGAAGAUAAAAAAUAUAUUUUAAAUAAUUAUUUAAUAAUCGAUAUAUUUAAUCAUAUGAAUUCCAAUAAAAUAAAAAUUAAACUUAUUUAUGUUUUGAAACUUAUUCAUUAUGUGUAUGAAAAUAUACAACAUGUUAUAAAAAAAAUUGACGAUAAUUAUAUUUUUAAUGAUAUAAAAAAAGAAAGUUUAAAAAAUAAUAGAGAAGAAAAUAAAAAUGAAAUUAGACAUAAAAAUAAUGAUAAAAUAGACAUUCUUAAAAAUAUACUUAUGGAGCAAAUACAAACUAUUUUAGAAUUAUACAAAAAUAACUAUGAAUCGAUGAAUAUAAAUAUAAAAAAAAUUCAAGAAAAUUUAGACGAUGAGGAAAAGCGAAAUUUAUAUUAUUGUGUUAAUAAAAUAGUUAAAAAAAUACCAUUUAUUAAAUUAACAGAAAAUAUUAAAAACACUUAUAAUUGUAAAAACUGUGAUGAAAAUAUAAAUACAUAUUUCCUUACACUUAAACAAGUUAUAAUAGCCAUUAUUAAUAUCAUACUUAUUACUCAUCUUUUUAAUUCCAAAGAAAUUUUUAAAAUUAAACAUUUUUUUUCAAUACUUAAUGGAAAUAUUGAUACCCAAACACCCUCUACACAAAAUGAAAACACAAACCUCGUUAAUGAAAAUGUUGAAAAACGUGAAGAAUAUAAAAAAAGUAACAAAAAUGAAAUAAAAGAAACUUUUCAAAACACAGGAGAUAUAAGCAAACAUUUUAAUGUUGGAACAUACACAUGCUUAUUGGAUGGGGCAAAUAUUGGAUAUAAUAAACAGAAUGUUGAAAAUGGAAGGUUCAGUUUUUUGCAAAUAGAGAUAUUAAAAGAAAUAAUAAAAAAAAAAAAAAAUGAAAUACCUUUAAUAAUAUUACCGAAAAUAUAUCAUUAUAAAAAUUCGUUAAAAUAUUUACAAGGGGAACGGGAAAACGAAGAAGAAAAUAAUUCAGAUAUUUUUAUACCAAACAAAACAAUUAAAAUAAAAAAAAAAAAUAUAAUGAAUCAAGGAAAAAAUGAUACUAAGAAUGAUAAUAAACAAAAUGAUGCUCUUUCAUAUAUAAAAAAAAUUUUUAAUAAAUUAGAUAAUACAGAUGUUGAUAUAAUAAAAAAAUGGGAAAAAGAAAAAUGUCUAUAUAUAUGCAAUUAUAAUAUGUAUGAUGAUUAUUAUUAUAUAUUAGGAAGUUUAGCAAAAGGAAAUAAUCUAUUUAAUAUAUAUUAUUAUAUAGAUAUGUUAUCAAAUCAUUAUUUUACUUGUGAAAAUUUAAAUCAUAAUAUAAUUAUAGAUUAUUAUAUUCCUAAUGAUGAUAGCACUUUAUCAUAUAGCCAUAGAGAAAUUCUGCAUGUUCAUAAUAAUUUAAUUUAUGAUAAAAAUACAAAUAUAAUGGUAUUAGUUAGUGAUGAAAAUAUAAAGAUGGAGAGUAAAUACAUUUCUAUGAAUGAGCAAUAUUAUAAUGAUAAAAUUAAGAAGAAAUAUCGAAACAACAAUAAUGAUAAUAAUAAGAAUUACGAUGGAAGCAAUAAUGCCUUUAAAGAGUUUGAGAAAUACAAAAAAAAUCUAAAGUUUAAAAACAAAGAUGAAAUAAAUUAUGAAAAAAAUAUAUUUAUGGAAACAUACCGUUAUGAUGCUGAUACAGGUGACCAUCUAUUGUUGGAAACUCAAUAUGAAACAAGAGUGGAAAAACAAAUCCCAGAAAAAAAUAGCGAAAAAAACGGGAUUAAUUACAGUAAUAUAUAUAUAAAAUGCGUAAAAAAUUCACAUAGUACGCAAAAACCAAUAUAUAUAUACACAAAUGAUAAAAUGAAAAACCAUUAUUUUAAUGAAUAUACAAAUUUUAUAUUAAAAAAAUGGAAAAAAAAAAGUUUUGUAUCUUUUUAUUUUAAACAGCCAAUAUCAUUAGACGAUUUAAAAAGCCAAACAGAAAAUGGUGAUAUUGAUAUAAAUGAUAUUAUUCAUAAUUAUAAAUUACCAUAUAUAAAUUUAGAAAAUUCAAAAUUAUAUAUCGAUGAUAUUAUUUCUUACAAAAACCAAAAAAUAUAUCAUGUUAAAAUCAAUUCUCCCGGAAAAACAUUCCUUUCUUAUCAAAAUGAAAAUAUACCAUUUAUGCACUAUAACUAUAAUGUGGUUAAAUAUCUUUGUAUAGAUCUUUCCCGAAUUUAG